UUGGCCCUUCCCAGCGCAAAUCCGUGAAACAGGCCUGCAUGAGACAUUGUUGUGGGCUCUUGGCCUCCAGGUGGAAUCGUGGAGGAAACUGCCAUGAACUCUCGGUCUUCAUCUGGACUCAGGCAGGACAUUGCUGUGGGAUCCAGGCCCUCGGCUGGAUUCCUUGGGUCUUUAGUGUGUGGACAGAUUUCCUGCGCUCUUGUGCACUGACUCUUUGGGUGAAUACUAUAAAAUAAUCCUAUAACUCAUGUGUCCUGCAUUCGGUCCUUUCCCUUAUAAGCCCUGACUACAACACCAUGGAACUGCUGUCCAAGAAACACUGUGGGUGAGCAGAAGCCCACCCUUCCCCUCCUAGAGAAUGAAAACACAAAAUUACUGUGAAGACUGUGGACAUGAGCAUGCAAUCAAGACGAAGGAACCUGAGAGACUCCAGGGCGGCUCUGUGGCUCACUGGGGAAGGAUGAAUUACCCAAGAAACGUGUGAGGACACUGGCAAAGAAAAGCUCUAUCUCUGUCCAACAUCACACACAGACCUCGAGAUGGAUCAAGAAUUCCAAGGUGAAAAUCAAAACAUUUAAGCUCUUAAAGGAAAAUACAUGAAAGUAUGCAAGAACCCUCAGAGUUGGGAAGAGUUUCUGAAACAGAACACAUUUUAAAAGUACUAACCAUGAAAGGAAGUGUAGAUGUUAACAUGGAGCACUUUGCUCACUACAAUCCUCAGGAGGAUGAACAGACAAGCCAAACACAGGGAGAAAACAUCUGCAACAUAUAUAGCGAACAAGUAAUUAAUACUGGGGAUAUUAUAUAAAGAACUCCUAUAAAUCAAGUAGAAAAAGACAACCCAAGAGAAAAAUGGAUAAGGAAAAGAAGGCAUUUUAUGUAAGAGGAAAAAGAAAAGGCUUAUAAGCACAUGCAAAGAUACUCAACCUCCUUGGUAGUUUGGGAAAUAGAAAUGAAAGGGGUAAUGAGGUGGCCACGCAGGGGCCAGGACCCUGAGCAAGGGGAGUUCUCCUCCCGUGUGGGCGUGGCAGGAGCGUCCGCUGGCUGUGGCUAUUCUGCAGAACAUCUUUGCAUCAGCAGAGCUAACUACAUACAUCCUCCACAACACCGCAGCUCCGCAGUUAGGGAUACACCCUAUGAAAACCCCUGACAGGAGACACACAAGAAUACAUUCUCUGACUCACUGGGAUCAAAAUUAGAAAUUAACUCUGAAGUGUGUGAUUAAGGACCACACAACAUCCAACAUUAAUAUUUACUGAGCGCACAGAUAUUCUUUUCACGGACUUCUUACUCAUUAACUGCCGAAUUCACCAGUAAAUAUCAUUAUUACCCUUUUGUAAAUGCAGGGAUUAAUGCAUCUGGUGGGCCAGGUUCGGAUGAAGCAUGAAUAGCUUUUUGUUCACACUGACAAGUACGUGUACUUUAAUCACCAAAGACUAUCAAGUAUUUAUAUAAUGAAAUCCUUUCUGAAGAUUAUUUCAAUGUAAUCAGGAUUAAAAGGAAAUAAAACUUUUAUCCUUAUCAUCUCUGAGUGAAGACACUUGAGUUUUAAUAUCUUAAUCAGAAGGUACACAGGAGGAAACAGUAACACGGGGCGAGCCGGGCAUCCCGUGGUCUUCCUUAAUAACAACCCGUUUUCAAGAGACCAUAAUCUGCUCAACAGCCAGCUUUCCCUUAAGGGUCAUAAUCAGAGUCAGAGAAAACUCACACUGGAAAUAAACAAUAUGCCGCUAAAACCAAGACAAUGUGGGUAUUAGCAGCUAUACAAAAGUCAGCCUCUAUCGGGUGAGUCACUUCUCAAAUGAUGAAAGGAUAAGGCUUUGAAGUGCUUUCUAUUCAAGCUGGAAAUAUAUAUAAAGGAAGGGAAUCAUGUAGCAACCAAGCUGACUGCGAAAUUUUUCCUCAUUUUACACAUACUUGUUCGACUUUAUGCAAAUAUCGAACUAAGAAUGGCAAAGAUGAGUCUCUCUUCCUACAUAUUAAUACUAACUUUUUCUUUGUUUUCUCAAGGUAUUCUGCUUUCAGCUUCCAAGUCCAUAAAGAAUUUGGAAGAUGACGUGGUAUUUAAUACAUUUAGGAUGGGGAAGACCUUUCAGAAGGAAGACACUGCUGAAAGAUCAGUCGCUGCUCCUUCUCUGGAACAAUAUAAAAAUGAUGAGAGUGUUUUCAUGAACGAUGAAGACAACAAAAAUUCAAAGAACACAGGCUCCAGACAUAAUUUCAUAAACCAUGGUCUGCCACUGAAUCUGGCUCUAAAGCCUUACCUUGCACUGAAAGGAUCUGUAGCUUUUCCGGCUGAGAAUGGAGUGCAGAAUAUUGAGUCAACACAAGAAAAGAGAGAAAUCGGGGAUGAAGAAAACUCAGCUAAAUUUCCGAUCGGAAGGAGAGAUUUUGACAUGCUCAGGUGUAUGCUGGGCAGAGUCUACCGACCAUGCUGGCAAGUCUGAUACCUGCUGGUCCACAUCGUCUUCUCCGAAGAAAACAAA